GUUUAUAUUUCGUCCAACUUGUAUCAUGUCAAUUCUUCGAACAUCAUCGUGAUGUGAGGAUUUAAGAAUCAUGGACAAAAUAUAAUAUAUUGCAAUAUAGACAAAUAGACGAAGCACCGUCUUGCUAAUUAUAUGCUGAAAGUAUUUUCCAUCUAAUAAAUAAGUCUUGCUUAAAAUAUUUCUUGUAUAUUACCUAUAUAGAAAUAUAAUUCAAUAUGGAUAGUUCCCCAAAUAACGACUUUAUAGCUUUCAAUACAUCUCCAAAAAAUGAUAAUGGGCCAAAUUUUUAUCCAACGCACUAUAGUAGCCCUAUGCAUGGUAAUCGCAACAGAAAUAAACAGAAAAUGAAUUAUCAGUAUGGCGGUAAUAGUAAUAAACAUAAUAAUAAAAACUAUCGAAAUCGGAACAGCAAUGGCAAUCACAAUAGAUCCGGCAAUAAAAUAUGUGAGGAUGAUAUAAAUCAAUACUUUCACCCUUCUAUGCUUGAAGAUCCUUGGGAGAGACUACUUAAAAACUCAAAUGGUUGUAACGUGUCAUUUAAUAAUUCUAUUAAUGCGCAGUACAUUGACACUAAAAAUGAAAGUGUGACAGAUUUCAUUGACGGUUCCACAGACAGUGUGGGAAGAAUAUCGUAA